AUGGUCGCUCUGUACCUUGCGCUGACGGCUUGCGGCGCCGUUAUCGCCACAGCGUCCGCCGCCAGCCUGCUCUGGAUCGUGCUCUGUCUCGUCCUCGCACACGCCCUCCCCUUUGCGGCUUAUCUCCUGCUCGCCCAGACCGAUGCGCCCAAGCACUCGGGCAGCAUAUUUCUGCCCCUUUCCCCUGGUGAGUUAGGGAUUUCUCUGGGAAUCAGUGUUACGGCAAACUCGGGCUGCACUCAGGCUGCUCGGGCUGCACCCGGCCCGCACGACCCGGUCUGCGGACCCUCUCUGUGGCUGCAGCAGACCAAAUUGCACGCGCCGUGGGUAGAACUGAAAGUGAAACUGACCAAGACAGCGAGACACCUCGGACUCCUCGUUGCGGUGGUCAACUAUGUCUGGUUCGUCGCUACCACAGUGCCGCGCUUCGUGCUCGCGUCCGUGCAGACUGCGAUUGCACUCUGGCGCGCGUCGUCCAAGACAUACCCGCCUGCCGCCGUGCUCGAGAACAUACGGCGCAACAUCUCGUACCACCACAAGCCGAGGUGCAAGCUCGAUGUCUUCCUUGCCCAUUCGCGCCCGGCACCCAGCCCGCGGCCACAGAGCAGCCCGCCCAUCUCGCGCGUUUCGUCUGUCACAACGCUCCCCGAUGUCGACGUCGGCAGCCAAGUCGACGGCGAGUUCCCGCCCGGAACGUGGGGUGACCUCGCCCCCGGUUCUCCGAUCAACGGCGACCCGAACCUGAGCCCGGUCGUCAUGCUCGUGUACGAUGUUGGAACCAUGGGUCCGAUCAAGCCACAGAAGUGGAUGUUCUGGCUGCUCGGGAACAAGCUCGCCCAGCAGGGCUACGGUAAGCUUGACGAAGCACGCGACGUGCGGCACGCUCUCUCGUGGGUGCGCAAGGAGAUUGCGAACUACGGCGGUGAUCCGGGCAACAUCCACCUAAUGGGCCACGGUCUCGGUGCGCACCUGGCGCUGUACACGAUCUCGCAAGCAGCGGUUGUGCACUCGCGCGACAGACUCGAGAUCCUGAACGCGGCGAGCCAGUGGAGCCACUUCGCGGGACAGCAGCGCGAGAUCCCGAACGGGUUGAAGAGCUUGCGCGUGUACGCUCCCGAGGCAGACCUCCCGCCCAUCCGUGGUGUCAUCAUGCUCUCACCGAUCGCCGACAUCAUCAAGCAGACUGUCUCCCGGAGAAGGCUCUCAUCAUCCAUGGGUAAGCUUCAUAAAGGCAUCUGGCUCGCGGACCUGCUGAACGGGCUCGACAUGGGCGUCACCAUCAAGCAGUACAAGCUCGCUCAUUUCGACGUCGUGACCAGCAUGAUGACGGGAUUCCGCGGCAAGAGCACCGACUGGCUCCUGCAUGAUAGUGAGCUAGUCGAUCCUUCACGUUGA